UCUAUCUAUCUAUCUAUCUAUCUAUCUAUCUAUCUAUCUUAUCUAUCUUACCUAUCUUACCUAUCCUACGUAUCUUACCUAUCUUACCUCUGGUCUUAUCUGCCUCCAGCCCAGCCAUAAUGUGGCUUAUCUAAAGGCCUGAAAGAUGGGGCACCUAGCGCUACCCAGCUUUCCAGUUCUUUCAGUUCCCUUCUUAGGGCUUCCUGAGACACGGUGGCCAGGACCUGUGCAGAGCUCUUACAGAGGGGAUUCUCACAACCUCCAUUCCUCGUGAGCAGCUGAGGUGAGUGACCCCCAAGAUAGGCCUGUGGGCCCUGGGCAUUGCCUUUCCAGGCAGCCAAAAGAAUUCCCAGGCUGAGACUGAGCUGAGAGCUGGCCACCAUGAUGGGGGCAGGGAAGGAGAAGGGAGCAUGGGUGAGCAGAUGCCUGGGCCAGCCAGAAGGGACUUAGGGGAAGGUAGCCAGAUGUAGGAUAGGGAAGUGGAGACCAGAAGGCUUGUGAGGGCAGUCCUGGCCCCAGGAGGAAAACAGAGGAGCCUGAAGAAAGAGGAAGGAGUUGCAGAGUGAUUGAUGGAAGGGGAGAGGGAGAAGGAUUUGGAGGUAAGAGUGCGGGAAGGGUCUGGUGUGGUGGGGACAAAGAGCUGCUGCUCAGUAGGAAAAGGGAAGGACCGGCUGUAUCAGGUUGGAUUUGGUAAUGAGCCUAUGGAGGGUCCUGCAGGGGAGCUGGGGGCGGGGGUACAGGGGCCAACUGCAGACCAGGAGAGGGUGAAGAGGAAAGUGGGUGGGGGAGAGGCCCCAGGUAGAGUUUUGGGAUUCAUUUUAUUUUUCCAAGAGUAAGAGGACCUUUCAGAUGGUGACCAGUAACUGGUGAGACAGGACCUGGGGGUGGAGGGCUAUCCAGGGCACCUACCCCCAAGCCACUCUUGCAUUCCAUCCUUUCUCUUUCGUUUUCUUCUGAGGCAGAGUUAUCACUAUCUCAUUGGGAAAUGGUUGGUAGGAGUACCCAUCCCACUACCUUGCAGAACACAGCAAGGGAGGGAGGCCCAGGAGUCAGAGCCAAGGGAAGAAGUAAUCAUGGGGGUUGGUAAUGUGGGGUCUGGCAGCCAUGCCUCUUAUCUUUUCCUGGGUCCUCUGUUCAUCAACACUGUGGGGGUCUGGCUGGAAGAUGGUGGGCCUGCCUUCCUACCCCUCAGGCCCUUCUGAGCAAAGGGGCAACUCUGCUGUGGGAGAAAACAGACCUCACUCUUACUUUCCUUUUGGGAUAAACACUGUUCCAUCUUUCUUCCAGAAGGUUCUAUGAAGGGCGGAGGAGAAUCUAGCAUUCGUGAUGGUUACCCUCCUUAGUGUAUAGUGACCACCUCACAUUCUAGAAACAGGGAAGUCAAAUAAUUCCAAGUCCUGAUUGUUCUAGAACCUUUGGAUCUUCAUUGACCCCAGGCUGCCAAAGGGAGAUUUAAAAACCUGAACCAAUAUCUCCCUUCCCCAAACUGAAACUGGCUUCUUUGUCUCCAGUUGGUCCAGGCACAAUGUCCAGCCUAUUUGAGGAAAUCACGAGUUGUGGUCCAAGAGAUGGAGCUGGAGGGGAUAUGAUUGCUGUCAGAAGCAUCCUUGACUCUGACAGAUUUCACUGCUUCUCUUUGGUGAGUGGGAGGAGGAAUUUCCGGAGAUGCCAGUACCACAGGACAGACCUCACCCUAGAGGACAUAGUGGAGAGAGAGGAGGGUGAAGUGCUGUUUGAUAAGCUGGAUUCUGGGCUCCAAGGCCAAAAGGCUGAGUUCCAAGUUCUGGAUGUGGUAGACUCAAAAGGAAUGUUGAUAGUGAAAUUAUCCAAAGAAAUAAUAAUUGCAGGGACCUUCCACAGAUCCCACAAGCAGAGAAUCAAGACAUUGGAGACCUGGACCCAGCAGUAUCUGGAUUCCCUUGAGAACAGUGAGUUGAAGAGAAAACUACCUACUUUGUUGCAAUCAAUCUGGGAAAUGAGAGCAGACCUCUAUCUGGUGACAGAGACUCUGGAGACAACAAGGAAGGAAACCCUGAAAACUGAAUGGCAGUGUAUGCUGCGGAGCUGGAUGGGAGGCAGGGUCUGUGAGAGAACCCGCCUUGGCCCACCCAUGGUAAGUCAGGGAGAUACCAGCCCAGAUGUCAGGCUCUUCAGCUCUCCUUCCAGACCUCCCCACCAAAGGUCAGUAACCAACCCCCUAAAGCAGGUCCUGAGCUAUUGAGUAAAGCAGCUCAUCUUUCCCAACAUGGAGAGAAUGAGGAAAUCCUUGAGUUUGGAGGACUUCAGAAACAUGAAGGAGAAGGUGCAGGACAUGCUGAGAGGCCUCUAGGAUCUGACUGAUGUGCUAAACUGCCUCACUAAGCACCUCAACAAGGAGGGGCAGCGACAGAAUCUAGAACAAAGGGUGUCUGAGGCCCUGAUCUCUGGUGACCUGGAGGGUCCAGCAGAUCCUCUUGUAAGUAGCCUUUUUAAUCUUUUUAAUGCUGCUGGGAUCUUGGUAAAAACACAUACAGAAUCUAUUCCGAAUGUCCUGGAUGCCUUGAUUGAGAUAUCUUAGGAGCAGCAUCUUGUGGCUGAGGCCCUGGAAAAGGGGACCCUGUCCCUGUUGAAAGACCAGAUAAAGUCUGUCCUGGAGCAGAACUGAGGUGAGCAGCCCCACGAUGUGGGCUGUGACCCUGAUGCAAGAUUUCUCUGUGCCCUCCGUGUUGCUGUCUCCGUCCUGCUGCAGCUGGGUGAGAAGCCUAUCUUAGUGUCUUCCUAACUAUGUUAGCUCUUGAACCAUCUGGAUGCUCCCCUCCCAGACCGUCCUCUCCCCCUGCACCCCCAAUCACUAGAACAAUGUCUUUAUAACAAACAACUGACUUUUCUUUGAUAGAUCCCAUUCCCUUCAUGAUAAUGCCCCCAAAUCAGCCUACAUUAUAUGCAUGGACUUUUCUAAGA